AAAUAUGUGUAAAAUAUGAGAGAAAUUAUGAAAGCCUGCUCGGGCAAGGACAGAAAGAUAGCCAUGUUCAGCGCCACCUACAAACCUAUCGUGGCGAAAUGGUGUGUUCAUAACAUGAAAGGAUUAGUCAGAGUGACUGUAGGACAGAGAAACGCUGCAACUGACCUGGUGGAUCAGGAGCUUCUAUUUGUGGGGAAUGAACAAGGGAAACUGUUGGCUUUCAGGGAUUUGGUGACGAAAGGACUAAGUCCCCCUGUUCUCGUGUUUGUCCAGAGCAAAGAAAGAGUCCAGCAGUUAUUCAAUGAGCUCAUAUAUGAUAGCAUUAAUAUCGAUGCAAUUCAUGCGAAUAGGACUCAGUUACAGAGGGAUAACACCGUGAGGAGCUUUCGUGAAGGUCGUAUCUGGGUGUUGAUUUGCACUGAGCUCAUGGCACGUGGUAUUGACUUCAAAGGUGUCAAUCUGGUUAUAAAUUAUGAUUUUCCUCCUUCUGCCAUUUCAUACGUACAUAGGGUAGGGAGAGCAGGUAGAGCAGGCCGAAGAGGAAAGGCAGUCACUUUUUUCACUACAGAAGACACCGCUAAUUUGAGAAGUAUAGCUCACGUUCUGAAAGACUCUGGGUGUGACGUACCUCCUUACAUGUUGACAAUGAAGAAAGUUGCCAGGAAAGUCAGGAAACAGCUAGAGAUAAGCGCCCCCAAGAGAGAUGAUAUAACAACUAAACCUCUAUUCGACAGAAUAAAAGGAGGAAAAAAGUAAGGUUGAUUAAGUAACAUCA